AUGGACCCGAGCAUACAGCGCGCUCUCAACGAGAAGCUGUACGAGAAACGCAAGAUUGGCGCACUCGAGCUCGAACGCUCCAUUCGCGAGCUUGUUGCUCACAAAGAUACUGCAACUGUCGAAGCAAUCCUCGACCAACUAUGCAACGAAUAUGCGUAUACUGUCCACCAGCACUCCCGUAACGGCGGCCUAAUCGGACUGGCGGCUGCCGCAAUAGCCCUUGGCUCAGAACUGCCACGAUACUUGGAAACCAUCGUCCCGCCCGUGCUGGCCUGUUUUGUCGACCAAGAUGCUCGCGUGCGCUAUUACGCUUGCGAAGCCAUGUACAACAUUGCAAAGGUUGCCAAGGGCGAGAUUUUGAUUUAUUUUAACCACAUCUUCGAUGCCCUGUGCAAGCUUGGUGCCGACUCCGAAUUAUCGGUUAAAAAUGGUGCCGAGUUGCUUGACCGCUUGGUCAAGGAUAUUGUUUCCGAGUCGGCUGCCACGUAUGUCUCGGUUCUUGUCACAUCCGAUUUCGAGAGCGGGGACAAGGGAUUCGACCAGGACGAUGUCGACCUUCCCACCGCUUUUUCGUUGAAACGAUUCAUGCCGCUCCUGAGGGAUCGCAUCUUCGUUCUCAACCCCUUCACUCGGACAUUUCUCGUCGGCUGGAUCGUGCUUCUAGACUCCAUCCCUGACUUGGAACUGGUGGCAUAUUUGCCAGAUUUUCUUAGUGGCCUGCUGACUUUUUUGAGCGACGCGAAUCGUGACGUGCAUAUUGCUACACAAACCUGCCUAGACAAAUUUCUGGGCGAAAUCCGAAGGAUUUCUCGCGUUAAGAGAGGCAUCGCUGACAGUAGGAAAUCCAAGACGAGGGGUGAUAAUAAGCACAAGCUUGUUCAAACUGAGACUCCUGAAAGUGUCCUAGCACAUGUGGAGGAUCCAGCCAAAGGCUUUCAUGACAGCCCCGACUCAUCUACCAUUGCCGCAAACGCCCCAGCGUCAGUUCUUUGGAACGGUAGCGUCGGCAGUAAAGGUAACGAUGGCUCUGGAGCCGAUGGUGACGAUGCCGAUGAUGGAGAGGAGGCCGAAGAUGACGACUACCACAACAACGAUGCCGACGAACCUGAUGUUGACAGCGAGGACGACUGGAGAUUUCGAUGGGACGAACCCAGCAUCAUCAUCUCUUCUACCCACAAGGGCCGCGUCGGCUACAACAACGGCUGCAUUUAA